CCCUUACAAACGUACCUCAAUCAAAUCUAACCAUGUCUGGCCGUGGAAAGGGAGGAAAGGUAAAGGGAAAGGCAAAGUCCCGUUCCAACCGUGCCGGUCUUCAGUUCCCCGUUGGCCGUAUUCAUCGUCUCCUGCGCAAGGGUAACUAUGCCGAGCGCGUCGGUGCCGGAGCACCCGUGUAUCUGGCAGCCGUCAUGGAAUACUUGGCCGCUGAAGUGCUUGAGUUGGCCGGAAACGCUGCCCGUGACAACAAGAAGACGCGCAUCAUCCCGCGUCAUCUGCAGCUGGCCAUCCGCAACGACGAGGAGUUGAACAAGCUGCUGUCCGGAGUAACCAUCGCUCAGGGUGGUGUGCUGCCCAACAUUCAGGCCGUGCUGCUGCCCAAGAAGACCGAAAAGAAGGCUUAAACGGUGUGACAAAGCUUCCUUCAUCUCAAACCCAAAACCGUCCUUUUCAGGGCGACAAAUAAC